UACUGUAAGGAAGCUUUAACUCUAUGGUGGCGUUCAGAGCUAAUACGUCCGUUGCGUCACUGUCUGUCUUUAUUUCCUGUGAAUAGCAUGGUGUAGAAAUCCAUUUCGACAUGACACGUUCCAAGCAGGUUGGGAAUCACAAGAGUGACAAGAAGAAAAAUAUCUCUAAGCUCUGGAAAACAAAGCGUCGGGUGAAGGAUAUAGAUCAGAUACACCAUGACCUACGUCCAGAGAAUGCCGAACGCCUACUGAAUCAAGAACUGGAUUAUCAACUUCCAGGGAAUGCUCAGCAUUACUGUCUACACUGCGCGCGAUACUUUGUGGACCUAAAAACGUUAAAGGAACAUUUCAGAACUAAAGUCCACAAACGCAGAAUAAAACAGCUUAAAGAGGAGCCAUACACCCAAGAGGAAGCUGAACGUGCAGCAGGAAUGGGUUCUUACGUAGCCCCCAAAAAACUGGAAGUUGAAACACAGGAGGUGGAGAUGAACUAAUACGUUUUAUGUGGACUUUAUUAUCCGACCCACUCCUUCUAACUGGUUUUGGACUACUACUUUUGUUUUUGCUGAUGCUUCUGAACAUUCUAACUUACAGUGCCAGUUUCUGGACCCUUAAAAAGGCCCAUGGUAGUUUCCCUAUUUAAUUAAUUCAGCCCCAACGUAACAAUAUUUGGUUCCUCAUGUAAAUUAUAUUUCCAUUGCUGUAUAAAGUGUUCAUACACAGCCCACCUCCCCUGUAGAGGGAUUGUGAAAUAAUAAAAACUGACCCUUUCAUGUGUCUUUA